CCCGGCCCCGGCCCGGCGGCGCAGGGCCCGGCCCGGCCCGCUGGCACAGUGUGAUGUUUGAUGGCAGCUUCACUGGAUAGUAAACCAUUACUUCAGACUCCAGGGAUUGCACAAGUGAGGAUGGAUCUCAACAGGUUGCUUGCAGUGAUGAUGCUUUGCUGGAGACAGCCACCUGGCUUUUGAGGAGCUGGAUUAAGACUCCCAACUCAACUCAUGCCAGUUGUGAAGGAGAAACAUCACUUGGAUAUGGUCCGUUCUCUGAUCUCUACCCCUGCUCAGGAGUGGGGACUGACUGGGGACUGGUGACCUGGAGCAUAGGUAUAAAUGCAAGCAAGUGGUUCAGGGAUGGGGACCUGACAUCAUUCAUCUCUGCAUCACCUGUAGCUUGAGGACCUGCAAGCAGCAGCAGCACCUGAGUUCCUUUUGCUGAAGGCUUGGGCUGUAGGUGCCCACUGCUACGUUGUAGGGCUCUGAAGAUGUCAAAUAGCAACACAACACAGGAGUCUCUGGAAAUAAUGAAGGAGUCCGAAAAAAAAGUGGUCGAGGAAUCUGUGAACAAAACGAAAUGUGUAUCCAGGUCACUGAGCAAGGAGGAGGUGGAGAAGGAUGGGGAGGAGAUCAGCGUGCGUCAGGAAUCUCAGAGGCGGACAUCAAGUCAUGGACAUGCCAGAAAAAGAGCCAAGUCUAAUUCAAAGCUUAAGCUGGUCAGAAGUUUGGCUGUAUGUGAAGAAUCAUCUAGCCCAUUUGUAGAUGGCCUGCUGGAGUCCCAGGACAUCAUUCAGUUGCACGUUAGCUGCCCCUCUGACAAGGAAGAGGAAAAGUCCACGAAAGAUGGGGCUGAGAAAGAAGAAAAAGACAAGAAUAAAGACAAGGCACCAAGGAAGAUGCUGUCUCGAGAUUCCAGCCAGGAAUACACAGACUCCACUGGAAUAGAUUUACAUGAAUUUUUAGUAAAUACACUGAAAAAAAACCCGAGGGAUAGAAUGAUGCUGCUAAAGUUAGAACAGGAGAUUCUGGAAUUUAUUAGUGAUAACAACAAUCAGUUUAAGAAGUUCCCUCAGAUGACCUCGUACCACAGGAUGCUGCUGCACCGGGUAGCUGCCUACUUCGGCAUGGACCAUAACGUUGACCAAACCGGGAAGGCGGUCAUUAUCAACAAGACGAGUAACACACGCAUCCCUGAGCAGAGGUUCUCUGAGCACAUCAAAGAUGAGAAGAAUGCAGAGUUCCCGCAGAGGUUUAUCCUAAAACGAGAUGAUACCAGCAUGGACCGAGAUGAUAAUCAGAUCAGACUCCCCUUGCAGGAUGGGAGAAGGAGCAAAUCUAUAGAAGAGCGAGAGGAAGAGUAUCAGCGGGUCAGGGAGCGGAUAUUUGCACGAGAGACUGGCCAGAAUGGAUAUCUCACUGACAGCAGGGGCAACCGGGACAGUUUGAACCGGGCCUCAGGCAGCCGCCAGAGCAGCACAGAGAGCGAGAUAAAGUCGCUGGAGCCUCGGCCGUGGAGCAGCACAGACUCAGAUGGUUCCAUCCGCAACCUGCGACCGCCUGUCACCAAAGCCAGCAGCUUCAGUGGCAUCUCCAUCCUGACGCGGGGGGACAGCAUCGGGAGUACCAAAGGCAGCACUGCCAGCAGAACAUCCCGGGCAGGUCUGGUACUAGGUGCCCCUGAAGCAUGCAGCCAACCCCCUUCUUCACAGCCCAGCCGUGGCCUCCUUCCCUGCACAUCCCAGCAGUCUCAACCGCCACCACCCCAACAGCCACCACCGCAGCCACAAGGACUACCACCAGCACCCCAGCAGCAGCCAGCCAUGAGUAACCACAUGAUAUCGCAGGCUGACGAACUCAGCAACCCCUUUGGGCAGAUCAGCCUCAGCCGGCAGGGCUCUACAGAAGCACCGGAUCCUUCCUCUGCUAUGUUCCAGUCAUCCCUCAUCUCCCAGCACCCGCAGCAGACUGGGUUCAUCAUGGCGACUCCUGGGCAGCCCAUUCCCACCUCCAACUACUCCGCCUCAGGGCACACGGCCCCCACGCAGCAGGUGCUGCAGCCCCAGGGCUACAUUCAGCCUCCCCAGCAAAUUCAGGUUUCUUACUACCCUCCUGGGCAGUACCCAAACUCCAGCCAGCAAUACCGAUCUCUCAGUCACCCAGUGGCCUACAGCUCCCAGCGCACGCAGCAGCUCCCCCAGCAAACCCAGCAACCUGGUUUACAGCCAAUGAUGUCCAACCAGCAGCAAACGUACCAAGGUGUAAUGGGAGUGCAGCAGGCACAGCCCCCCGGGGGGCUCCUCAACAGCCAGAGGAACAGCAUGGGGGGCCAGAUGCAGAAUAUGAUGGGAGUGCAGCAGGCACAACCUCCGAGCCUCCUCAGCAGCCAGAGGAACAGUAUGGGGAGCCAGAUGCAAGGUCUGAUGGUCCAGUACACUCCACUGCCUUCAUACCAGGUUCCCGUGGCCAACGAGUCCCAGAGUGUGGUCCAGCAGCCCUUCCAGCAGCCAGUGCUCGUACCGGCCAGCCAGUCCGUUCAGGGGGGGCUUCAGACUGGGGGUGUACCCAUCUACUACAGCGUCAUCCCAACUGCCCAGCAGAACGGCACCAGCCCUUCGGUGGGAUUCCUUCAGCCGCCCGGCUCUGAACAGUACCAGAUGCCACAGUCCCCCUCGCCUUGCAACCCCCCACAGAUGCAGCAGCAGUAUUCAGGGGUGUCUCCAUCAGGCCCUGGCGUGGUUGUGAUGCAGUUGAAUGUACCCAAUGGCCCCCAGCCCCCCCAGAACGCCCCUGUGGUGCAGUGGAGCCACUGUAAGUACUACAGCCUGGACCAGCGGGGGCAGAAGCCAGGAGACCUGUACAACCCAGACACCAGUGCUCAGGCCAGCACCCAGCUGAACAGCCCUAUCACGUCGCCCACCCAGUCCCCGACGCCGUCUCCUGUCACCAACCUCAACAGCGUCUGCACGGGGCUGAGCUCCCUCCCGGUCCUCACACAGUUCCCCCGGCCCAUGGGCCCAGCACAAUGUGAUGGGCGUUACUCGUUGCUGGGCCAGCCACUGCAGUAUAAUUUGUCUAUCUGUCCCCCACCGCUGCUCCACAACCAGCCCAACUACAAUACACACCAGGGACAGACUGGAAUGAAACACGGAAACCGGAGCAAGAGACACGCCCUCAAGUCAGCAUCCACUGACCUUGGGACAAGCGAUGUAGUGCUGGGCCGAGUGCUGGAGGUGACGGACCUGCCCGAGGGCAUCACACGGACAGAGGCUGACAAGCUCUUUACCCAGCUUGCGAUGGCUGGUGCCAAAAUCCAGUGGCUCAAAGAGACUCAGGGGCGUCGCGGAGAUGGGGUUGGCGGGGACAGCAACGGGACUCCAGAGAACAGCAGACACACUGACCUUGCUGCCUUAUACACCAUCGUGGCCGUGUUCCCCAGCCCACUGGCUGCCCAGAAUGCCUCCCUCCGCCUCAACAACUCCCUCAGCCGCUUCAAGCUGCGCGUGGCCAAAAAGAACUACGACUUGCGAGUGCUGGAACGUGCCAGCUCACAGUAGGGCUCAUGCAUGGGCACAGAGCACACUGGACAGCGGGCACUUCCCUCUGCCUUCUCUCUUCCUUUCUGCCCUCCCUUCUUCUUGCCCUCCUUCCUGGAUAUAUUUAUAUGGACUUAAGAGACGAGAAAUUGAUUUUUCUUUUUUUGGAGUGACGCCCAUGCCCACCCACCUUACCCUGUGUAUAUUGUUUUGUUAAGCACUGUGUUGAACUGCACAUACAGGUGUUGAUUGGUA